AGGAGUAGACACGAACGUUCCUGUUUGGUAUUCGUUAUUAUUUGAGGACACGAGACCAUAGAAGGGGGCCGUUUGGGCUUUCCCCUUCUAAGGCUCUCCCCAGAAGGGCCCGAUGAACGCCCACGCCGUCUUCUCCCACCAAAGGUGGCUCCUGCUCUCCGGAGCCUCCGGAUCCUGACCGUAGCGCUUCUGUUCCCGGCCCUGGGGAAAGCCUCGUCUCCUCGAGUGGCCCUCGGCGCAGCCGGCAGAUCCGCCCGCGACGCGGAGGCCGCGCGGUUUCAUCAUUAAUGCUCCUGAAGGACAAUAGCUCAUCAAGCCCCACCGAAAGCCCCGGACCCGUCGCGGAGCCUGGGCUGGCGGGGGAUGAGGCUGAGCGACUCCUCCUAGAGGUGGUUAUGUGGAGAAGGAGCAAUCCCUUCUCCCUCCUCCUCCUCCCCCCGCUACUAUCCGCGGCCCGGAGAACUGCCGCUUGCCGCCAUUGACAAGCACCGAUAGAACCCAAAGAAAGGCAAAGAGUCCUGCCGGGCACCGGCGCCGCGCGGGCCGAACCUGCGCCCCGGGAGCGGCGCGCCGAGGGCACCGGGCGCCCGGAGCAGGCGGCGCAGCACCAGCAUCGUGUUAGAGCCAGGAGGCCUCCGUGUCAGCAAGCUGAGAGGGAAACUGAGGCAAGAUGUCGGGCCGGAGCGGGAAGAAGAAAAUGUCCAAGCUGUCCCGUUCAGCCAGGGCCGGUGUCAUCUUCCCCGUGGGAAGACUGAUGCGGUACCUGAAGAAAGGGACGUUCAAGUACCGGAUCAGCGUGGGUGCUCCCGUCUACAUGGCGGCAGUCAUCGAGUACCUGGCAGCGGAAAUUCUAGAACUGGCUGGGAAUGCCGCGAGGGACAACAAGAAGGCCCGGAUAGCACCGAGACACAUCCUGCUAGCGGUGGCCAAUGAUGAGGAGCUCAACCAGCUGCUAAAAGGAGUGACCAUUGCCAGUGGAGGUGUCCUGCCCAGAAUUCACCCCGAACUUCUGGCCAAAAAGCGAGGGACCAAAGGCAAGUCGGAAAGUAUCCUCUCCCCUCCCCCGGAGAAAAGGGGAAGGAAGGCGGCAUCGGGCAAGAAGGGAGGCAAGAAAUCCAAGGCAGCCAAACCACGGACAUCCAAAAAGUCCAAACCAAAGGAUAGCGAUAAAGAAGGAACUUCAAAUUCCACCUCCGAAGAUGGGCCAGGGGAUGGAUUCACCAUUCUGUCUUCUAAGAGCCUUGUUCUAGGGCAGAAGCUGUCCCUGACCCAGAGUGACAUCAGCCAUAUUGGCUCCAUGAGAGUGGAGGGCAUUGUCCACCCAACCACAGCCGAAAUUGACCUCAAGGAAGACAUAGGGAAGGCCUUGGAAAAGGCUGGCGGCAAAGAGUUCUUGGAAACGGUGAAGGAGCUUCGCAAAUCCCAAGGCCCUUUGGAAGUUGCUGAAGCCGCUGUCAGCCAAUCCAGCGGACUUGCAGCCAAAUUUGUCAUCCACUGUCACAUCCCUCAGUGGGGCUCGGACAAAUGUGAAGAACAGCUUGAAGAGACCAUCAAAAACUGCUUGUCGGCAGCCGAGGACAAGAAGCUCAAGUCCGUGGCGUUCCCACCGUUCCCCAGUGGCAGAAACUGCUUCCCCAAACAGAUGGCCGCCCAGGUGACCCUCAAAGCCAUCUCAGCCCACUUUGACGACUCGAGCUCGUCCUCGCUGAAGAAUGUCUACUUCCUGCUCUUUGACAGCGAGAGCAUCGGCAUCUACGUGCAAGAGAUGGCCAAGCUCGACGCCAAGUAGAUGCCCCCCGCCCAGCCACGGUGGCCCACAGGAAUCGGAGGAGGAUCCAAGUCACAGGAGAGGGGUUUCUUUUUUAAGAGGAGAGAGGAAGGGUGACGGCAGGGGAGCGGAGGGCAGCGGGUCACGGGGGCUGCCAGAGCGGGGCCUGCCCACGGAACAAGCCCUCUGCCUUUUCUAUUCUCGUUUCAAAGAGCCUCCAUCUGUAAUCAACCAGGUCUCCACGAGGGGUUUCUUUCCAUGUGUUUCCUUCCUGUUGUUUUAGAACUUUUUUAAAAGACAGACUUCGUUUUAGAUUUAUAGCAUUGACUUUUACACACACACACAAAAAAAAUCCUUUCAAAAUUCUUAAAACCUUGUUUCUCCUUUUUGCAAGGGAAGAGGGCAUAAAAGUGACUUGGGCUUUGUCGGCUGUCUGUUUUUGGGGGCAGAGAGAAGAACAUGAGAAAGGCGUCUCACUGGUGCUUUCCUUUUCUGUUUUUAGUGCCCCCUCCCCUCCCCCCAUGACAUCUGUAUCUACUCCUAAAAAGAUUUUGCUUCAGGCUUUUGUUU